GCCCGGUGGAGCCCCUCGUGUGGAUUGCAGGCCCGAUGAGUCACAGGAAGUUCGAGGCCCCGCGCCACGGCAGUCUGGGGUUCCUCCCCAAGAAGCGCUGCAAGCGCGGCAAGGGCAAGGUGAAGUCCUUCCCCAAGGAUGACCAGACCAAGCCGCCGCACCUGACGGCCUUCAUGGGCUACAAGGCGGGCAUGACCCACAUCGUGCGCGACGUGGAGAAGCCUGGCUCCAAGCUGCACAAGAAGGAGGCGGCCGAGGCGGUGACCAUCAUCGAGACGCCGCCCAUGGUGGUGGUGGGCAUCGUGGGCUACGUCAAGACCACGCGCGGCAUGCGCAGCCUCAACACCGUGUGGGCGGAGCACCUCAGCGAGGAGGUCAAGCGCCGCUUCUACAAGAGCUGGUACAAGUCCAAGAAGAAGGCCUUCACCAAGUACGUGAAGAAGUACGCCGACGGCAAGAAGGAGGUGGAGGCGGAGGUGGCGGAGCUCAAGAAGCACUGCUGCGUGAUCCGCGUGCUGGCGCACACCCAGAUCCGCAAGGUGCCGGUGGGCCAGAAGAAGGCGCACCUCAUGGAGAUCCAGGUCAACGGCGGCAGCGUGGCGGCCAAGGUGGACUUUGCCUACGGCCUGCUGGAGAAGGCGGUGUCUGUCAACACCGUGUUCAACCAGAGCGAGAUGGUGGAUGCCAUCGCCAUCACCAAGGGCCACGGCACCGAGGGCGUGGUCACCCGCUGGGGCGUGUCGCGCCUGCCCCGCAAGACGCAUCGCGGCCUGCGCAAGGUGGCCUGCAUCGGCGCCUGGCACCCGGCCCGCGUGGGCUGGACCGUGGCCCGCUCCGGUGCCAUGGGCUUCAACCACCGCACGGAGAUGAACAAGAAGGUGUACCGCAUCGGCGUGAAGGGCGAGGAGUCGCACGCGGCCACCACCGAGCACGACGUGACGGUCAAGGACAUCACGCCCAUGGGCGGCUUCCCGCACUACGGCGUGGUGAAGGAGGACUAUGUGAUGAUCAAGGGGGCCUGCCCCGGCGUCAAGCGCCGCGUCAUCACCCUGCGCAAGUCGCUGUUCAAGCAGACCUCGCGCUCCGCGCUGGAGGAGGUCAAGCUCAAGUUCAUCGACACCGCCUCCAAGUUCGGCAACGGCCGCUUCCAGACCUCCGAGGAGAAGGCCAAGACGCUGGGCCGCCUCAAGGCCUGAGCGGGAGCCUGAGGGCUCGGGCCCGGCGGGAUGUGCGAGCGCGACCCGCCAGGCCCUCCUUCCGGCUGUUGAGGCGCGGCAGCGGCGCAGGAGACUGGCGCGUGGCCGUGCCUGCUGCCGCCAGCGCAUGUGCUGUGGCGCCGCUGCGGCGCGCGACGGCGGCAGUGGCGGCUACAGCCGCGGGGCCCGCAUGCUCUCUGUGUGAAGCCCUGCUGACUGUAAGCACACCCCAGCCUAUUA